CUCUCUCUCUCACCGCCUGACGGAAGGAGCGAAAGUUUUGCGAGGCGGGCCGGAUUAUUCCACAUCAUAAACACUCAGUGCUGCUGCUUUUCGGCGACGUUUCCGACGUUGUUAAGCCGCUUGUACGAGCUACGAGACAGCGUGAGACACCGCGACGAGCUCGUAAUGUGAUUAGAAAGCUUAUGGUGGUGGUGGUUUUUUUUUGUUUGUUUUCCGGUGCGCGAGACGCUGUAGCGUUAAACGGCGGAUUUGACGACGCCGAUGCGGACUGCCCUGAUGUUUAUUAGCUCAGCUAGCCUGCGACUCUAACUUCUUUCGUGGACGUCAGGAGUGGAUUUUCAGAACCGGGGACACUUUGUGGUUAAAAAAAAAGAAAAAAAACUGGCGUUUUUAUAAUCCGUGGGGCAACAUGACCGACAAACGGGAGCUCGGUUUGCGAAUUCUGAGCGAUAGAGUCGGUAAUACCGGAGCUGUGACUCGACCCGAGAGGCGCCUCGAGCUCCAGGCGCGCUGCGACGCAGUCUGAGGACUUAGCCACAGUGCUAACGUUUUCAGCUCCUUAGCGCGUUAACACGCCAGCCUUGUGGCAGCGGGCCUGUAGAAACAACGCUUCUUUUUCACAAAUUCGCUAGCACACAUGUCCUUUUCACUCAUAUUCCACAAGAAUUAACGCCCAGUUUCCUCACUUUGCUAGCAUUACGUCGUCGAGCCUGUCACAUUAGGAGCCGCAGACUCUAAUGGGACCUGAGAAGUUUUUCUGAGGCGUUUUUUUUUUCACGGUUUGGACAUAAAACACGGUUUAUCUAACAAAACUGAGAAAAAUGUCGGAAAACGCACCUACACGGAGUCUGGAUGAGAUCGACCUGGCAGCUCUGAGGGAUCCAGCAGGAAUCUUUGAGCUGGUGGAGGUCGUGGGCAACGGUACCUACGGGCAGGUGUACAAGGGGCGCCAUGUGAAGACGGGACAGCUGGCUGCUAUAAAGGUGAUGGACGUCACCGAGGAGGAAGAGGAGGAGAUCAAGGCCGAGAUCAACAUGCUGAAGAAGUACAGUCACCACCGCAACAUCGCCACAUACUACGGCGCCUUCGUCAAGAAGAGUCCGCCCGGCCACGACGACCAGCUCUGGCUGGUGAUGGAGUUCUGUGGUGCCGGCUCGGUAACGGACCUGGUGAAGAACACUAAAGGAAACUCCCUGAAGGAAGACUGGAUAGCUUAUAUCUGCCGAGAGAUUCUGCGGGGCCUGUCGCACCUCCACGCACAUAAGGUCAUCCACAGAGACAUCAAAGGCCAGAAUGUGCUUCUGACUGAGAACGCAGAGGUCAAGCUCGUGGAUUUUGGUGUGAGCGCUCAGUUGGACCGGACCGUAGGCAGGAGGAACACCUUCAUCGGCACUCCGUACUGGAUGGCACCCGAGGUCAUCGCCUGUGACGAGAACCCAGACUCCACCUACGACUACAGGAGCGACAUCUGGUCUCUGGGAAUCACAGCGAUAGAGAUGGCAGAGGGGGCACCCCCAUUGUGCGAUAUGCAUCCUAUGAGAGCUCUCUUUCUCAUCCCGCGGAAUCCUCCUCCAAAACUGAAGUCCAAGAAAUGGUCCAAAAAGUUCAUCGACUUUAUCGAGGGCUGCCUGGUGAAGACGUACCCGAGCCGUCCGUCCACCGAGCAGCUGCUGAAGCACUCGUUCAUCCGAGAUCAGCCGACCGAGCGCCAGGUCCGCAUCCAGCUCAAAGACCACAUCGACCGCACACGCAAGAAACGUGGAGAAAAAGAGGAGACAGAGUAUGAGUAUAGCGGCAGUGAUGAAGAAGAUGAAAACAGAGGUGAUGAGAGAGAGUCCAGCUCCAUCCUGAACGUGCCAGGCGAGUCGACUCUGAGGCGGGACUUCCUGCGGCUGCAGCAGGAGAAUAAGGAGCGCUCGGAGGCGCUGAAGAGGCAGCAGGCCCAGCUGGCAGCACAGCGCCGCGACCCCGAGGAGCACAAGCGUCAGCUCCUCCAUGACCGCCAGAAACGCAUUGAGGAGCAGAAGGAGCAGCGGCGAAGGCUCGAGGAGCAACAGAGGAAGGAGCGUGAGAUGGUGAGGCAGCAGGAGAAGGCUCCUCACCGGAGACUCGAUGAUAUGAGACGGGAAGAGGACCGCAGGAUGGCCGAGAGAGAGCAGGAAUUUAUAAGACAUAAGCUGGAGGAAGAGCAGAGACAGUUAGAAAUCCUUCAGCAGCAGCUUCUACAGGAGCAGGCCUUGCUCAUGGAGUACAAGAGGAAGCAACUGGAGGAGCAGAGGCAGUCGGAGAGGCUACAGAGGCAGCUGCAGCAGGAGCACGCUUACCUCGUCUCCCUGCAACAACAGCAGCAGCAGCAACAGCAGCAGGAGAAGAAACCACUUUAUCAUUACAGCAAGAACCUGGAUAACAACAAGCCUGCCUGGGCCAGAGAGGUGGAGGAGAGGAGUAAACUAAACAGACAGGGCUCCCCUAAAAUCUGCACCACCGUCUCCGAUACCAACAUCCAGUCACGCUCUGACUCCAUCAGCCAAUCAGGAGGCGUGCAGGCCGCACAGACUCCGCCCAUGCAGAGACCUGUCGAACCCCAAGGUGGCCAGGGCAAGUUCCAGAUGGCACACUUGGUGCCUCUGAAGCCGUACGCCGCGCCCGUGCCGCGCUCCCAGUCCCUCUGCGAUCAGCCCACUAAGACCAUGUCCGCCUUCCCCACCCAGGACCCCUCCCCCACCCCAACGCCCCGUCCACUGCACUCCCGCGAGCUCGUCCGUCAGAACUCGGACCCCACAUCUGAGAGCCCCGCCCCUCAGCAACGCCCGAUGAGGGAUGACCACGGCCCGUGGAUCCGCCUCCCUGAGAUUGAACAGCCUCCAAAAAUUCCUCAGCGAACCGCGUCUAUAGCUACUGCUCUUAACACUAACCUGUCCUCGGGCAUCAGACACCCAGUACGAGCCAGCAAUCCAGAUCUGAGUCGCAAUGACCGCUGGGAAAGAGGAGACAGCGUGAGCCUCAUGUCCAACCUGCCUCAGACCGGCUCCCUCGAGAGACACCGCAUCCUCAGUUCAUCUAAAAUGGACUCGUCUCCCAUCCUCUCUCACGAUGGACGACACAAACCUGGAGAAUCCCGCACCUCUUCCAGACCUAGCAGGCCAGCGAGCUAUAAGAGAGCAAUAGGAGAGGACCAUGGGCUGUACUCGAAGGAGCGUGCAGAGGAGCAGCCUCGUCCUCCAGUGAAGGCCAACGACUACUCGUCUUCCUCAGAGAGCAGUGAGAGCAGCGAGGAGAGCGAGAGCGGAGAGGGACAGGAAGAGGAGAGUCCCACUGACCGCCCGCGAGACGCAGACUCCGAUUCGGUGAACACCAUGGUGGUGCAUGAGGAAGAGGAGGGUGAUGGAGGAGAUGAAGAGCGGGCUGGAGGUUACGGUGAUCAGACCAUGCUCGUUCAGAGGACUCCAGAGAAGCGUAAUCAUAACGGAUACACCAACCUGCCUGACGUGGUUCAGCCGUCCCAUUCCCCCACAGACUCCGCCUCCCACUCCUCUCCUGGCAAAGACUCCACCUAUGACUAUCAGUCCCGAGGUUUGGUCAAGGCUUCUGGGAAAUCGUCCUUCACUACUUUUGUGGAUCUUGGAAUGUACCAGCCGUCAGGGGGAACGGGGGAGCCCAUCUCAGUGGGAGGUCUGAGUUCUCGGUUUGACCAGCUGAAGUUGGAGGUGCGAAAAGGCUCCAUGGUCAACGUGAACCCCACAAACACUCGCCCUGUCAGUGACACUCCCGAAAUCCGCAAAUACAAGAAGAGGUUUAACUCCGAGAUCCUCUGUGCUGCACUCUGGGGUGUAAACUUGCUAGUUGGAACAGAGAACGGUCUAAAGCUGUUGGACCGCAGCGGGCAGGGCAAAGUGUAUCCACUCAUUAAUUCCCGCAGGUUCCAGCAGAUGGACGUCCUCGAGGGACUUAACCUUCUCAUCACCAUAUCAGGAAAAAAGAAUAAGGUGCGGGUGUAUUAUCUGGCCUGGCUGAGGAACAAGAUCCUCCAUAACGACCCUGAGGUGGAGAAGAAGCAGGGCUGGACCACUGUAGGAGAAAUGGAGGGCUGUGUGCACUACAAAGUGGUGAAGUACGAGCGGAUUAAAUUCUUGGUAAUCGCUCUGAAGAAUGCGGUGGAGGUGUACGCCUGGGCCCCCAAACCCUACCACAAAUUCAUGGCCUUCAAGUCAUUUACUGACCUGCCUCACAGACCUCAGCUGGUUGACCUGACUGUGGAAGAAGGUCAGAGGUUAAAGGUUAUCUACGGUUCCAGCGCCGGCUUCCACGCCAUUGACGUCGAUUCCGGAAACAACUACGACAUCUACAUUCCUGUCCACAUCCAGUCUCAGGUGACUCCACACGCGAUCGUCUUCCUGCCCAGCUCUGAUGGAAUGGAGAUGCUGCUGUGUUAUGAGGAUGAGGGUGUGUACGUCAACACCUACGGCCGCAUCAUUAAAGACGUGGUGCUGCAGUGGGGAGAGAUGCCCACUUCUGUCGCUCAUAUCUGUUCUAAUCAGAUCAUGGGCUGGGGAGAGAAGGCUAUAGAGAUCCGCUCGGUGGAGACGGGACACCUGGACGGGGUGUUCAUGCACAAGAGAGCUCAGAGACUCAAGUUUCUGUGCGAGAGGAACGACAAGGUGUUCUUUGCGUCAGUGCGAUCUGGAGGAAGCAGUCAGGUCUACUUCAUGACCCUGAACAGAAACUGCAUAAUGAACUGGUGAUAGAGCAGCCAUAUGAUCACCGUUCCCUCCACUCUUUUUCUCUUUCUCUCUCUCUGUCUCUCUCUCUUUCCCUAUAUAUCACUGUUUCUCUCUCUCUUUCUCACACACACAUACACUGUAAAUAGAUACAGUGCCCACACGCUUUUGCUCACACACAGCACUUCCUCACAUACGCACAACUCCCAGAAACACACACACACGCGCGCUCCAGACUGUCAUUAGCAGAAUAGCUGUUCUCUUAACAAUGAGCCUGUUGUACAAACAUUAUGGGGAUGAUGUGUGUGUGUGUGUGUGUGUGAGAAUGCGUGUGUGUUAUGACGCGUGUGGAUGCCAAAUCGCUUUACAUCCUUUCAGCACCAGAACAAAAUAUCCAUUCUCUUUAUCGGCUUCGAUUAGAUCGCCAGAUUUCAGUGAGUUCGCUUUUUGCUCAGAGCCUUAUUUCAUUUUCAUUUCAUUUUCAUUUCUACAUUCCAACUUUACCACCAUUGAAGAGAAGAGAUGAAGAAAGAGCAGCAGCGUGUAAAGCCAAUCAGCCUUGGACAUUUCCCGGUGGUCGUCGCUGCCCCCUCCUGCUCUCGGGUGGUACUGCAGCAUCUGUAAUUUUCCAUUCUCACACUGUACUGUAACUCAGUAGCCUAGUCGUUUAAUCUAAAGGAUUUAAACUAGAAGUGAUUUAUUAUUUAUGUUUAAACUAGCAGAACAUUAGAGUGACGUUUGAGGAGCUCUCACGAUAUCAGUUAUCAUAUUUCGAGCUCGUCUGCCUCUUAAGUUUUCCCAUUCGGCUCUGUAGACCGGAAUUGGACAGAAUUCUUCAAUCAUUUAUAGUCGACGCUUUUAAGAAUCUGGGUUACGUUUUUCGCUCGUACAGCACAGAAGUGCGACCGUUAUUUCAAGCACUCUCUCUGGUUUAGCCUUGGAGAAAGCUUUUUUUUUUUUUUUUUUUUUUUUUUUUUUUUGCUCUCUCUCUCUCUUUUUCUCUCUCUCUCUCUCUUUCUCUUUUUUGUCUGAAGUUCCAGUAUAUCUCGGGCUGUUUGAUAUUCUCUGUAUGUAUAGGUAUUUGGUAUUAUUCCUACUUUAAUAAUCUCUUGCUGUUCUAUUGCAAUACGUGCUGUAAUUGUGCUGUUCUCGUUCAAAGUUUUCACGAGGGGAGUUCCUCUUUAACCAGUCGGAUUACGAGGUCAGGGAGAAGCAGUUUUUCCAAAUUUUUUUCCAUUUUUUUUUUUUUUUUUUAAUCUAUUUUUUUUGGAAGCAAAAAUGUGUACUUCAUUUGUGAGCCAAGUUAAAUAAAUGGAGCAGUUCGAUUACAUUAUCAUGCAAAUGAAGCAACAUUAAGGUGAAUAUACAGUUUUUGACCCUUUGCUAUUGGAGACACCUGAAAACGAUGCUUUUCAGCAUCAACGAUUGCACAUUUAAAAAAAAUAAUAAUAAAAUAAAAAAAGGCAAAGGCAGUUCACUGAAGGGGAAUGGACGAAGAACGUGAAAGAAUUCACACCAGCUUUAUCUGAACUGCAACCUAUGAAUUUGAGAGCUGAUAAAGAGACUGUGGUCUUCGUUUGGUUAAAAAAAAAACUCCACGGUGCUAGCAUCUCAUCCACUGAUAUACUCUAAUGUAUUUUCACAUUGUGAAAAAUUGUGUGAAUUUAGAAUCAGCACCAAAGGUCUGUUCACACUGAACAAGAUUUUAUCACAUGCACCAAGCGCACUGGGAUUUUUAAAACAAACAAAUGAUUGGCUUUUGAGUGAGACUCAGUUCUGUUUUUCAGAUCCAAUAAAAAAACCCAGAAUGUGUUUCAUGUUUGUUUAGGAAGGUUGUUUCGCUCACAAAUAUAAGAUGCAUUUCUGCUCCUAAAAAUGGCUCCCUGGUGUGGCAUACAGCCUUAUUUGGAAAAAAAUAAAUAAAAAUAAAAUUUCGAUUUGGGGUGCAUGGGAUGAGCAGUGAUCAUCACUUUCUUUGGUGAAAAAAAAAUUUUUUUUUUUUUUCAUUUUGUUAUUUCACAUUUAUUGGUUAGCGAGACUUUUUUUUUUUUUUUUUUUAAACCGUGACUUUGGCUUGGAUUUGCGUGCGUGAACGAGUGUGAGACUGUACUAUAACAUACACAGUGUGGUCCAAAGCAAUAGCAGCGUGACUGGCGAGCUCGAGCGGGCUCUUCUCUUCAAGCUGCGAGUGUGCGAUGUUUGCCUGCAGCUCUGCAAUACUAGCAAAUCACCACAACGACUCCUCCUUUCCCCUUUCCCUUUUGCUAGCAUAGCCUACUGUGGAUCUAAAACCUUUGUUUACAAAUCUUUAUGGUAUAUAUUCGAUUCAGUUUUAUUUGUAUAGCACUUUUAUCAAUAGACAUUGUCAUAAUGUAAAUUGUCAUUUACAGAAAUCCGGAUGUAGAUGUUAGAUCCCUAAUGAGCAAACCUAGAGGCGAGAGUGGCGAGGAAAAACUCCCUGAGACGACACGAGGAGGAAACUGUGAGAGUCAAAAGGGAACCCGUCCUCUUCUGGGUGAUACCGGGUAGUGGGAUUGUACGAGUCCUGGGAUGAGCACAGGGACAGUCUUUAUGAUUACAGCAGCAGUAGAUCGAAAUCGACAGUAUCCUGAAGCGAGGGUUCUAUAUAGCUUUUAUUUUGAUCACAGAAAGUGUAUAGUUAAUCAUUACUACCAGAAAGAUGCCUAUAUAAAAAGUUUGAUAGUUGAAUGAGAGAUGGGCGAUUGUAACAUAUAAAAGCACUUUUAUCUCGUUUUUUUUUCUAAUGGCUGAGAGACAAAGACAGCAUUAGAUUAAUGUUUGCUCUAUAAUAUAAACUAACUGAAACGAAUGUUAACAAAUGAGAGUCGAAUUACAGUUUAAAAAAUAGAUUUCGAAACAUCCUGGUGAGUGUUUAGGAAACAUUUCAGGGUAAAGUGAAUUGUAGAGAAAUGUAGAUGAUCAGUCAAAUAGGUUUAGCGUCUGAACAAAACUCCGGAACGUAAUGAGAACAGCCAUUUUGGUCAGAUUCGGAUAAAACUACAGUUCUAACUUGAACAUAAAUUUGGAUUUCCGCUGCAAUUUUCCAACUUUAUUCAUAGAAAAAUGAAACUGUGUCAGUUGUUGAUGUUAUUUACAGCAAAUAUGUGAAAUUCUGAGUAAGUAUUUCUGGAAAAUAUAUGAAUUACUCCAGUGCAAAAGCAAAACUAAAGCAGCAAACACUGGAACCCGAACAUGACUUGGCUGACCGAUUACAUUUUGUGGGACGUUGUGCAAAUUAGGUUUUUUUUUUUUCUUCAUUCCUCUGAAAAUUCAAGUGCUAUAUUGGCCAUAUCUCAAUCCCACUCUUUUAAUUUGGGAUUUCUCGCACAAACCCUUGCACAUUAUCUUUCCCCUCUUAUUGAUAUGAACAAAUAUUCUACUCGUAAAAUGUUCUGUUAUUCACGCACUCGUUUACCCAUACACUUUUUUUCCCCAUACUUCUUCCAUUUUCUGCUUAGUAAGCAUCGUUUAGUAAUGUGACCCCAUUUAAACUGCCAUGUUUACUGUUAUAGCAGUGCCUUGGAGCCGGGUUGCGGGUGUGCGCGUGUGUCUUAGCAAAGGAUGUAAUAUUUUUUUUUUUCCCCCCUGAGUGAAAUGCCCCCCCACCACCCCCCAAUUGCAUAAAUAGUUCAGGGAAGAAGUAGAAAAAAAAGCGACGCCAGUGCAAUCAGAGAUGUAUCUCAUGUCAAGAAAGUGCACUUAAACUGACAAUAAGUUCAGGCCCAAAAGCCAUUGCAUUUGGAAAGCUCCUUUCCCCAGAAUUAAAGCAUCACACACCAGGUUGUGAUAUUGUUCAUGCACAGAAGCGGGGUCGGGAACCUUCAGCUGGCAAAGACGGAUUAAUCACGAUCAUUUGAGAUUCAAAGAGAAAAUGAAAUUAAAAAAUAGCUGCAUUUUUUUUCUUCUUUCUAUAAUUCUGACAAGAAGACACAGAGAGCAGCUACAAAUAAAUAAGCUCUGCUUUCCAUCUGUCUGUUUUAUUAUUUUAUUAUAGUUUUGCAAAUUCAGCCCCGAUAUUUCUCACAAAUGCAAACUUCUUAGUCCAUUCAUACAGGAAACGAUUAGAUUUUUCGAUUUGAUUGUGAACUUAUCCAAUUCCGAUUAGAGCGCAAACGCUGUCGUGAAUAUUUUAAUUACAUAAUUCAUCCGAUUUCUUCCGACUCGGAAGCUCUCUUAACCAAACGUAUACUUUUGAAAUAGAUUACGCUAAACCUAGUUGAUUUAUUUUCAUCCUGUAUCCGUAUGGAAUCAUGGAACGUCUCUCUCUCUCUCUCUCUCUCUCUCUCUCUCUCGUUUGUGAGCUUUAAGUUCCCGACCCCUGGCUGUAGAGGUUUGGGUUGCCAUGGUGAGGAUUCGCUUCCAUGCAUCGUGAUGUAGCGAAUCCCCCGUCGUCCCACACACACACACACACACACACACACACAAGAUCCAGAGUCUCGUCUCAAUCGCUUUCAUUAAAAUUUCUUACCAAAUGUUAUCAGAUGUAGUAAUAUUUUCCCACUGUCUUAACAGACAGUGAAGUUUUAUUUUCAAAUCAUUUAUAUAUACAUACUUAUAUAUAUCUAUCCAAAUCCUUUUAAUGAGAAGUUAUUAUAAAUGGUUUAAGAUACUAAGAGAGUUUAUAAUAGAAGUGUACCGGGUGCCUAUUUGCAACGGAAUCAAAAUUUAAUAUAUCAUUCUAGUAUUAUUUUACUACAUAGAUAUAUCGACAUGUAUAUUGCGAUAAUUUAAUGAAUGUAACCUUCACGUGAUCAGAUUUCUAUGUAAUACCUUUACUGGCCUAAUAACAUUUGAAGCACAAUGUAUAUUUCUGCUUUAGCUGUACAUUCGGCUAUAAUUCAGUUAGGAGAUUAGACCGACGCCUCUCUCUCUCUCUCGCUCGCUCGCUCUGUGUGCGGUGAGCUUUAUAAAAGAGCGAGCGUGGGUGUGUGUAUGUGUGAAUAGGAGAGCUAUUUUUAAACCAAGUAUGUACUGUUCAUGAUGCUCUGAGAGAAAAUGAGGAGGAGGCGGAGGAGGAGGAGGAUUAGAGUUAGGAAAAAAAACAUUAUGGGUUUUUUUUUUUUUUGGUCAGUAUGGACCAGUACUGAAUCAAAUUAGUUAGAAAGCAGCAGAAUACACACAUCAUAUUCUUGUUUUUAAAGUGCAUCACCAUUCCCCCGGUAUGAGACACACCAGAAUUCUAGCUUUGUGUUGACACUUUUGGCCAGCAGCAGUGGUUGUGUGGUGGUCCGGCAUACGUGUUUGUGUGUGUGUGUGUGUGUGUGUGUUCCACAUAGCAAAAUGAAGCGCUACAACGUCGACGUCUUUGCUGUAGUUUAACGACACCAACAACGUACAAAUGUACACGACAAUUGUUGUAACUGUAUUUGGUCAACAGCACACAGAACUGCGUACACAAGAAUGCGCGCAGUUUUGCGACGUACACGACAUACACAGAGCUUUGUGUCUUUUUCGGCAGCGUCAUGCGUAGGUUAACAUGGUCGGUACAGCGGCCCUCACUUAAUUUCACAACGCCAUUGUACGGAGGUUGUAGCGUCACAGUGAUGUCACAGGAAGUUCAUAUAGCCAUGUAGUUUUCCAUCACUGAUGGAAAGGGUUUAGCGGGCUACGUGUAGUUUCCCAACAUCACACAGACGGCUAUGUGUAGGUUUACAGGAUGGUUCAACGUUGUUCUAUGGUGAUGUCAUACACACGACAAGGUCCAUUUUUACAGCAUCAUACGGUGGACUGCUUGUAGUUUUCUGUGGCAUUUGCUUUCACCCGUUGGCUAGGCGUAGUUUUAAACUGAUUUGCAAACCUUUUCGUGAACAAACUUGCGCUGUAGAAUUCUCAGGCUUAUUUCCAAAUUUGUAUUUUAGUGUAGUCAGGUCUGGUGUUCCUCUUAAUACAUACUACAGUAAUGUUCACUCCAUUUCCAUAAAAACAAUCCUGUCUCAUAACCAAAUAAAGACUUCCACAGACAGGCAGUAAAAUCUGUUCCUCACUACUGAUUCCCUUAGUAAAUUACCACAAUGAUGAAUUGAUCGCUAUAUAUCAGGAAUCUUUAGCCGUCGGUGUGGGUCAUAUGAUGCACAUGAACCCGGGCCUGUUUCAGGUAGCAUGUCGUGAGUGUGUGUGUAUGUUUUAUGGGUGUGUAUCUCUCGUUUAAGGCCUUUAACUGCUGUUUUUCAGGCACAUUGGUCUUCUUUACAUGCUAUUAGCACUAUGCUAAUUAGACAGUUCUCUUUAUCAUCCUCUAGUAAUAGAAACAUACCCCUGAUUGAUUUUGUAAAAAUUUUUUUUUUUUUUUUUUUUUUUUGGCGUGUCUUUGGUUGAUUCUAAUUGCGUAACCAGGAGUGGUCAAAGGUCAACAGAAAGUCUUUAAAGUUGAUAUCCUCUGUGAUGGGUUAAUAAUUCCUUCUUUUUUUUUUCCAUUGUUACCCUCCUAUCCUGAAAGCUUUAGUUUAAAUUUAAAAUAGAUAUCUGACACACUGAUUUUUUUUUGUGUGUUUACGUUUGAGAGCAGAUUUGAGAUGAUUUUAAUGACCUGAUGGUUUUCAGUUUUACAGUGUUCGGGAUGAAAUCAUACAUCUGUAAUGUCUUAAAUACAGGAUUGUUUGAAAAUAAAAAAAAAUAUCUU